AGACCACGUGGCGAGAAAUAAACCAUCUCAAUUUGCUCCGCGGGGCACCGUAACGAGCGUUCGCCGCAGAAACAAAGGAGGCCUCAUCUUCUCUCCCCCAAUCCAGGUCCCCUCAUCGCCAGUCUUCGAAGCGGUCGAGUCGAAUCGGACUGAACCGGACCGGAAAGAAGGGGUGGGAAUCACCGGUCAACGAUGACGGAGGCGAUGAUUCGGAAGAAGCCGGGGAUGGUGAGCGUGAAGGAGAUGCCGGUGCUCCAGGAUGGGCCGCCGCCGGGGGGUUUCCCGCCGGUGAGGUACGCGCGGCGGAUCCCCAACAAGGGCCCCAGCGCUGUUGCCAUCUUCCUCACCGCUUUCGGUGCCUUCUCCUGGGGCAUGUACCAGGUCGGCAAGGGCAACAAGAUCCGUCGUGCGCUCAAGGAAGAGAAAUAUGCUGCUCGCGCAGCAAUACUUCCCAUGCUUCAAGCAGAAGAAGAUGAAAGAUUUGUGAAAGAAUGGAAGAAAUAUCUGGAAGAGGAGGCCAGAAUUAUGAAGGAUGUGCCUGGGUGGAAGGUUGGCGAGAGUGUCUACCACUCCGGGCGAUGGGUGCCGCCGGCAACUGGUGAGCUCCGACCAGAUGUGUGGUGAGAGGGUGCGGUUCAUACUCUCGGUUUCAGCUGGAUCAUCUGAAUUUGAGUUCCCUGGUCGUCCAAUUUGGCUGGAAACUCGGACUUUAUCCAUCAUGUCUGCAACUGAAAUUUCUCGUCCGUGCAUUGUAAACCCUUCUACUGAUUCAUCUUGCUUGGACAGAUGGAAGGGUUCGUUCAGUUAAUAAUACCAUAACUCGCAAUAACUUUUAAUUUUGUGUU